UUCUCACAGGAACAGCCACUUCACUAGAAGCAGAAGCACAUUGCAGUUGGCCAGUGAGGAAAGACUUAGUUUUUUCCUCUUCGACAGGGAUCUGAGGGACCCACAGCGAAGCACACAAACGUUGAUACUGGAUAUUAUAUCUUCUGACUCGCUGGCCACCGUUUGAAUCUGUCAUUGUGAGAAUAAUACAGCUGCCACAAUGUCCAGAGUUGCCAAUCUGUCGAAGCUGCGACAGGAGAGGAUAAGGGAGAUUAACCUGCGGGUGCAUUUCCAUCCAUCUGUGUGACUUCCACAGACGCUUCUGCUCCACUGGAGAGGAGACAGUAACCUUCCUCACAUUAACACAUGAAACAAACAUUAUUCCAUCAUGUUUUCUACAUUUCUUUUUCCACCAUGUGAGAAUAGAGAGAGAGAGCGCAUGAGGGAGCGAGAGAAGGCGGCGAGGGAGAGGGAGGCACGUUAUAGCAAUGGUCAUCUCUUCACCUCGUUGACAGUGUCAGGAACCACGCUCUGUUCAGCAUGCAACAAGAGUAUCACUGCCAAGGAGGCACUCAGCUGCCCCACAUGCAAUGUCACUAUCCACAACCGCUGUCGAGACACUUUGCCGAACUGCGCCAAAAUGAAACAGAGGCAGCAGAAGACGGCCCUAAUGAGGAAUAACUCAGCCUUGCAGAAUGUCAGUCUUCGCACAAAAAAUCCAGGAAUGCGUGAGCGUCCGAGUUCAGCCAUCUACCCUUCCGACAGCUUCCGACAGUCCCUGCUGGGAUCCCGCCGUGGUCGCUCCAGCAUAUACCUGUCCAAGAGUGUCUCCACCAACAACAUUGCAGGGACCCUAAAUGAUGACUCUCCCCUGGGGCUGCGCAGGAUCCUGUCCCAGUCCACAGACUCCCUCAACUUCAGGACCAGAGCUAUGUCUGUGGAGUCUCUCACUGAUGACGGAGACAUCUACUAUACUUCAGUACUGGAGGAGUUGGAGUUCGAGGGUCAGGACUUUAAGGCAGACUCAUGGAGCAUGGCAGUGGACAGCAGUUACUUGCAGGCACACCGUAAAAACAUCAUCAAGAGGCAGGACGUCAUCUAUGAACUGAUUCAGACAGAGCUGCACCACAUGCGAACACUGCAUAUCAUGGAAAGGGUGUUCCGGCAGGGUAUGCUGGAGGAGCUUCAGCUGGACCCCAGCACUGUGCAUGCCAUGUUCCCCUGCCUGGACCAGCUGAUCAGGAUACAUUCCCAUUUCCUGGCACAACUUCUCCUGCGGCGCAACAACAGUCUGCAGCCUGGAUCCAGCCGCAACUUUACCAUUCAACAGCUAGGGGACAUACUACUAGAGCAGUUCUCAGGCCAGUGUGCAGAUGAUAUGCGGAAGACCUACGCAGAGUUCUGUAGCCGCCACUUGAAGGCUGUCAAAUCGUACAAGGAACUGCUGGCCAGAGACAAGAGGUUCCAGUGCUUCAUACGGCGGGUGAGUCGAGGACCCUUGCUACGUUGCCAUGGUGUUCAGGAGUGCAUCUUGUUGGUGACUCAACGGAUCUCCAAGUAUCCUGUCCUUAUCCAGCGCAUUCUGGACAACACCACUGAUGAUGAAGAAGAAGCUUCCUCUCUGGCUCAGGCUCUCUCCAUGAUCAGAGAACUUCUUAGUUCAAUUGACCAACAGAUGGAGGACCUGGAGAAAACACAGCGACUGCAAGAGAUCCAGGCCAAGCUGGACCCGAGGACUGAGGCAAGAGUAAGGAAUGGGGGACUUUUCAAGCCUGGAGAGUUGCUCCGCCGGAGACUCGUCCACGAAGGGACCCUUUUCUGGAAAAAUCCAGGAUCCCGGGCCAAAGAUACACAGGUCUUACUGAUGACAGACAUCCUGGUGUUUCUGCAGGAGAAAGACCAGAGGUACAUCUUUCCAUCUGGUCUGGACAAGCCUCCAGUGCUGUCCCUCCAGAACCUCAUAGUAAGGGAUAUAGCCAAUCAAGAGAGAGGCAUGUUCCUCAUCAGUGACUCUUCCCCUCCUGAAAUGUACGAGUUCCACGCUGCCUCCAAGGAGGACAAGAACGUCUGGAUACGCUACAUCCAGCGCACCGUCAGCAAGUGCCCAUCAAGAGAGGAGUUCCCCCUCAUAGAGACCGAACACAAGGCCCAUCUGAGGAGACUCAAAGCUGACCUCCAGCAGAAGGACCGGGAAAUGCUGGAGCUGCUGCAGGAGAGGGUGACUCUGUUCUGUGAGCUGGCAGAGGUGACGAGUGGUCAGGAGGGCCUCCAGCCUCCAAUUACUCGUUACUUGUUCAGGGCAGACACCCCCCAAGCUCCCCGUGCGGAGAAACUCCUACUGGAUGCCACAGCUGAAGUGGACAGGUUAAGUGAGCUCCUCCUGGGCUCCAGCGUGGACAUCCCUCUUUCUUGCCAUCACAACCACAUGGAGGCAGUAGAAACCAAUGAUCCAGAACUGCUGGUCAAUGGAGCCCAUGAUUUUUUUGCAGCAAAGGAUUGCAUAAGGAAUCAAGACAAGCCAUUACCCAUGGAAAUCUAUCAAAGGCUGGUGAAUCUCAGUGUUUAUCUACAUGCACUCCAGGGUGCUAUCAUCAAACAAGACUCCAUCUUGGAGCUGCUGCUGCUGCAGCCGCAGGACGCCUUGUCGCCAGCUACAGGAGGAGUAUGGCGCCCGCUUUGGCGAGAUGGUUGCAAUCGGGAGGCCAGUGCAGGGUCAACCAUUGGGGAGCUGGCUCUUUUGCAGAGACAACACAGCCUGUUACAGGAGGAGCUGCUGAGGCUGAGGGAUGCUGAGAGCCGGUUCAAGGACAGUGAGAAGGCCCGGGUCAAGCUGGAGCGGCAGGUCCGACAUAUGAAGGUCUGCAGCGGGGCUGCACCGGCCUCCCAGCAGCUGGAAGAGCAGGCUUCUCAACCUGUAUCUCUACAGACAGGAAGGGAAGCUUUAACUGAAGCUGACACCCCACGGGCCAGCCAGGAUCAUUCCCAACAAUCAGAUGGCCUCCAGGACGGGAGUGAUUUGGAGGUAGACAUGACAUCAGAUGAUGAUGAUGGGUCGGAAUCCGAAAGCUCCAAAGAUCUUCAAGAUAUUCCAGAAGAGAUCUGAUCUCUCUAUCUGCAUGUUCCACAGUGCUAAUGAGCUUAUAGCUAUAAUUGAUUAUGAUGUAAACUAAGUGACUCUGGCCAAUAUGCUACAAAGCACAACAAUGCGCCUGCCUAACUUUUCUGCAAGUCUUAAUAUUUAUUCAGCUGCUUUGCAUUUGAGUAGAUGUCUUGUGACAGUGAGUUGUUUUAUUUUUCGGUUAUGCUUUGGAUUAUUUGGAUUUCCUUGAUUUAAUUGCAUCACUUAACCAAAGGGGUGUGGAAAACUGUUAAAGCUGCAGUAAGUAAUUUUUUUUUCAUAUUUGCUGAAACGUCAUUUUAUCCUGACAGCAGUUCCUCUUGCUUCUCUUAGUGCUCCUAAUGGCAUUUGCAAGAAUCCACAAAAACAAGCGAGAAAGAUGGGUGACUGUUGAGUCUUAUUCCAUCAUCAAAUACAGACACUUUGGGACCCCGGGAAUGAGACUCAACAAUCAGCUAUGUACAAACUUCCAACCCAAAGUGUCUUUAUAUCUUUCUCAGCUCUGAUUGGUUGUUUUCAUCCAUGCCCGGUGGAUUCAUGCAAAUGCCUAGGAGGAGCCAGAGGAAUCUUUUCACAGAUUAUCUGUCUCAUGUACUGCUGUCAAAACACUGAACAUUUCAGCAAUUAUGACAAAAGAUUAUUUUUAUAAAAGUACCUACUGCAGCUUUAAAUCUUUUUAGACAAAAUGGACAUUAGGGCUGAUGGUUAGGGCAUAACAUAAGCAUUGGUAAUCUUUUGUUAUUUUUAUGUCUUGCAAAAAGGGGGGUUUAUUAUUAUCUCUCCCAAAAUCAGGGAAUUUGUUAGUAUUUAGUUAUAUAAAACAAUAAUAAUACAAAGAGCUGGGUGAAAAUUUGAUUUUUAAAUUACAUAUAAAAUGUGUCUUCAGCAUGAGGCAUUAAACUUUGAUGUGACAGUUUCAGCAAAAUAAAAAAGAAGUCACAAGGGAAAAAA